CUGAACUGAUUACUGACUUUACUUUACUGUUUAACUAAAACUAAAACUUACAAUCACAAGUACUGAAGGAACGGGUGACGGUAACGUAACACAUGUCAUGGUCACAGAAUUACAAAACAUACUAUUAAUAUUAUACUUAGGUACACAUACUAUUUAUAGUGUUCAGAUUCAGUAUGAUUCAGCAUACGUUAUCAUACAGUAGUAGUAGUAUACACACUAGAACUAGUACUAGUGUCUUCUAUAUUAGAAUUAGACUAUCUAUAUACUAUACACACUACACAGUGACUCGUUGAAACUCGUUUGACACUGUAGUGACAGUAUUGUCUAGUCGACAAACUACACAGAUUACCAACCAAGUCACACUCAGUUACUCAGCAGUCACAAAGUCUUGAAAAGAACUUCCUAGGCCUAAGUGUUAAGUGUAAGUUUGUGUAAGUAAGUAUUAGUAUUGGUGACGGUAGAGAGUACUCAGAGGCUGAGUUCCUUCUGAAGACCAAAAUGAUGAACAGAGCCUACCCAGUCAUGGAAGAUAUCCAGAUAUCAGAGCAGGGUGUGCUUGCCCUCCUCAAAACCAUUAUCCCCUACAAAGCAUGUGGUCCUGACAAUAUCAAACCACGAGUGCUCAAAGAAUUAGCCAAAGAAAUCGCUCCUGCACUGACAAUCCUCUUCCAAUCGUCGCUUUGCACAGGAAAUGUUCCAGCAGAUUGGAGAACAGCGCAUGUCACUCCAAUCUACAAGAAAGGGGAGCAUUCCGACCCUGCCAACUAUCGUCCGAUAUCCCUCACCAGUGUGGUCUUCAAAGUGUUGGAGCACAUAAUCGUAACCACAGUCAUGAAGCAUCUUGAAAGCCAAAAUAUACUCAAUGACAGUCAACAUGGCUUCCGAGUCAAUAGAUCAUGUGAGACCCAGCUCCUUGAAUUUGUAGAAGACUUGAUGACCAAUAUGGAGAACCACAAGCAAACUGACGUGCUGGUGAUGGACUUCUCAAAGGCAUUUGACCGUGUCAAUCAUAGUUUGCUUCUACACAAACUUCAGAGAUAUGGGAUCCAAGGCACCACUAAAACAUGGAUCUCUAGCUUCCUCAGCGACUGAUGCCAAGCAGUAGUGGUGGACGGUACAAGCUCCUCCUUUGUCAAUGUGAAGUCAGGGGUGUCCCAGGGAUCAGUGCUAGGCCCCUGCUUGUUCCUAGCAUACAUUAAUGACCUACCCGAGAAACUGACAUCCCAAACAAGACUGUUCGCAGAACACAGCGCUGUAUAUAGGAUGAUUGUCAACAUAUCUGACCUGGACCAGCUACAAUAGGAUCUCAAUCGGUUAGCUGAGUAGGAGAUGAGCUGGGACAUGGAAUUUCACCCUGCCAAGUGCCAGACACUAUCAGUCUCUAGAAGUUGUACUCCUCUACACUACCAAUACGAACUGCACGGCCAUAUACUUGAGCCAGUUUCCUCCGUAAAGUACCUGGGUGUUACCAUUCAAAGAGAGGUCCGCUGGGACGAGCAUAUUAAAAAUGUGUGUAACCAGGCAAACAAGACCCUGGGAUUCUUAAGGCAUAAUCUAAAGAUUGGCAACUCCUGUAUGAAAGAAAGACCCUUUAAAGCCUUUGUCCAUCCGCUUUUAGAUUAUGCAUCUUGAGUAUGGGACCCAUUUACCCAGAAGAGCAUUGACAGGUUGGAGGCGGUCCAGCGAUGGGCAGCACGCUUUGUCCUGACCCACUACAGGAAUACCUCUAGUGUCGGCAGCGUGCUAGAAACACUGGGCUGGUCACCAUUGGAGGAUUGAAGAAGACUAUCCAGGCUUUCCAUAUUGUACUAGAUAAAUAAUGGGCUAGUCCAUUGUUCCAGUAUUAAACAGAAACUCGUCCCUCUCCCCCAUAGACAGUGACAAGGCCAUGACAGGCUAUUCCCGCUCAUACCAGCAUGAAGCCAGUAUAAGAACUGCUCAUUCCUGCCAAAGACAAUCAGGGACUGGAACAAUCUUUCAAAAGGAACAGUUGAGGCGAAAAUACUAGACACAUUUGCGUCUAUUGUCUUAAGCCUUUCAACCCCCAGUGCAUGAUUCCCUCAAAAAGUAGCACAUGCAAUCGGUGAAAUACCCUCAUCAACAACAAGCACAGAAACAUUGCAAAUCCCCUCUAAAUUGAUCGUGGGCCCUUAAUAUAUAGAAGAAGAAGUAGCCUCCUACUGAUACCUACUUAGACCUAAUGAAUGUACACAUAAAAAAAAUAAAACAGUGUUACACUCAACACUAUUGUUACUCUGAUACACAGUACACUCUCUAACUAACUACUAACACUUUCCUUUUCAGCCAUAAAAAAAAAAAACACACUGCACUACACUUGUGACUUACACUACACUUACACUAACGUACAGUGCACUCUAAUACUACUACUUACUAAUCAGUAUGUUAACUUACAACAGUAAGUACUAUACUAUAGACGAAAACUACAGUAGCCUACUUUACAGUACACUGUAAUACUAAUACUUAUUGCUAAUACAUUUCAUUUAUUGAUUAGAAGUCUAUACUUAAUUAAUGAUUAAUGACCUUACAGUUAAACAGUAUUGAGUAGAAAAACAUUGAAAAAUUCUUAAACUAAAUCUACUUCAGCAGGCCCGCACCUAGGAAUCAGGAAAUUCUGGGCCCCAGGCAGCUGAAAGAGUUUGGGCCCCUUUUGUAUUUCAAACAUGUGCGUAUAUUAUAAAACUCAAAAAAGGGUGGGCCCCUAUCUAGCUCGGGCCCCUGACAAGUGCCAUGGUUGUCCCCCCAGGUGCAGGCCUGACUUCAGUAUCAGUAGGGCUAUUAAGUUCCUAAAAAGUAAAUAUUAAUUUAAAUAAACCAGUUAGCUUUGGUAAAUUCAAAAUUGCGAAAUCAUUACAUCAGAAUUAUUUUUUUAAUAUGAUGACAAAUGACUUGCUUAAUUGAACUUUUACCUAAUAAAUGUAAGAAUAAUACAAAAAGUGGAUGAUAUAUCUGUAACUUGGAAAAUAAAGAAGAAAGUUUAGACUUAAUUUAUAAUAAAAAUUAAAAUUACAAAUGCGAUAGCUAGCAACAGAGCUCAAUAAUGGAUAAAUUGUGCAGCUGCCUUCAUGCUCCUUUUCAUGCCCACUUCCUUGCUCUCCACUUCCAUCUUCACUCUAAAAUUUAAGUGUUAAUAGUGUCUAUUGAUUUUCAGCUUGUUAACUAAACCAAUUACAAAAUGUAAUAAGAAAUCUUGAAAUAGCAAACUUUGAAAUAGCACUAUCCCUGACAUAUUUCUAACUCAGCCCCGGCACAGAUAAAUUUUUUUACAAAAAACCCUUGAAAUAGUGCACAAUACAGGUUUCUGUAGGACAAAAUCUUGUUUUUCCCUGUAAUUAGCAAAUAGCAUGCUUUGCUGGCAUCACAUUUUGCCAUAAACAGGAAGUAACUGAGACCUUUCACGUCGCCAAUCAGUGUUCUACUACAGUAUCAUGAUGAAACUAGUGGGUUGUCAGAAGACUCGUACAAAAUUGUAAAUUACUUUAAUGUAAAUGAACCGCAUGGGUAUCUUUAAGCAAAAUUAAAAUCUUGCUUAGUUUCAUUUCAUAAUUGUUUUGUGGUUAUUAUGCUUAAUAUAUUGUUUGUCCUUCACAUGCAAAGAUGACCAGGACUUUGACCUGAGCUGUAUUUUGUUUAAACUUAAAGUGAGGGAGAGUUGCUCAAUUCGUCCUUACUCUAUUUUCCUUGCCUAUUUGUUGCAAUGGCAAGACUUAGCCAAAAACUACUUAAAAUAGACCAGUGGCGUUUCUGUGUUUCACUGUGCUCUUGUGCAUUCCACAUCACGGAAAUUUUCGGAAUUUUCAGAGUGUCAAUGUCAUAAGUCUACAGAACUCCAUCUCCUGGUUUGAUUUCAGAGUGUGCCUUCUCUUAGAUAAGCUGUCAUCCAAGGUUAACAAGUCCCAUCCACUCAGGGCGGCCGUUGUUGAUUUUGCUUGUCUAGACUUUUGCUGCUGAUUGAACUCCAGUCCACAAUCCACUCGGUUUAAAACGCCCAGCACCCACAUGUAAAUGUAUUCACUUUUUGUUUAUUUUGUCAUUUCUUAUUAUUUUCAGUGUGCAUAUAUUUUCUUCUUUCAAAUUAUUCUCAAUGAUCAUCAUUCUGGCUGAACCUGUGAAUAGCACAAUCCCUGUUUUUGCUUCGGUCCCAAAGGUUUUCCCUUUUUUCAGGUUUCACUGUAGUAAUUUAUGUAUGCUCAUUGGAAGUUACAUCAAAUGUUUUUCUUCUCUUCUAGUAUCAAGGAAAAAAAUGUAUCUUGCCUCUUAUUUCAUGCUCUAAUGCUGAGAAUCUUUUUUCCCCUAUAUUUGAGGGUCCAAGAUCAUGGUUUCAAGUCAGAGUUUGCCUUCUCUCAGAUGAGUUACCGUCCAAGGCUAACGAGUCGCAUCUACCCGUGAAACUUAGUUUGGAUAAUAUAAUUUUGAUUAAAAGCUUAUUCCUGAAAUUCAGCACCUCGUUUUGGUAUUUCCAGCCCCCCUCCCCCAUCUCUAUAGGUUUAGCUCCCCCACUGAGUUAUCCCACUGUUUCCUGGGGGACAGUAAUUCCUACUUUGAGAACUAUUUAUCUAAAAAAUUGCAAAGAAGUUUUGAGCUUGAAUUUUGAUGCUAAUAAUUCACAUUUGUUCACAGAAGUAAUUGAUGUUUAUAUGCCUUAUAAAGUAACCAUGGCAGCUAAACAGUUAUACUGGACAGAUGCCCAUUUUUGUGGCUUAAGGUCACAAACAAACAUUUAUGGAUUGUCAAAAAUUGCAUCUCAAGAUGGCCUUACAAAGCUUCUUGCUGUGUCUAUUGAUGGUCACUUUGUUUCUGUUGAGUACCAGAAAUCUUUUGACAACAGGCUGAUCCCCAUUACCAAAGAGGAUGUCUUUUUUGACACAAGCAAUUUCACUACGUCAGGUUUGAUAUUUUUAUUGAACUGCAAAAAAAUUAUCUCAUAGUACUUAUUUGAUUGUUGAUAUGUUCUUAUUCCCUCAUUGAUACCUAUGGGGUCAUCAAUAAAUGGUGCCACACAUCUAGUGUCCAUGUGUAAUUAAUGUGUCUAAAUUUUGUGUCAAGAUCCUGGCCGGGGGGGGGGGGAGCAAAAAUUGACUGAAAUAUGCUAAUAUAAUUUUUGUUAAAAUGUAUCCACUGUGUUCUCCUUAAAUCCUAAAAUCUUACAUCACUUGAAUACAAAACAGCUUGGGGGGGGGGGGGGGGGGGGGGGGGGGAGCAAAAAUUGACUGAAAUAUGCUAAUAUAAUUUUUGUUAAAAUGUAUCCACUGUGUUCUCCUUAAAUCCUAAAAUCUUACAUCACUUGAAUACAAAACAGCUUAACUCUUACAAAAUAGUUUUUUUCUCAGGAGAAAUAGAAAUUGUUUCUGUGGAUGUCAUUUGCCAAAACUUACCAAAUAACAGAAUGAUCCUUGCUAUAUCAUAUUUAAAGGUAAACUGAGUGCUGCAUAAUUUUUUAAAGAAAUGAAACUUUAAUUUUAUCAUGCAUCUAUAUAAAAUUUAUAAAUUUUGUGUUAUUUGUAAAUCCCAUUCAAUCCAACAUUUACUUUUUAAGAUAUUUAACUUAUUAAAAUUAAAAUCAUGAAAAUAUAUGUAGUUGGAAGCAUCUUAUGAAGACAAACCUCCCAGUGCUUAUAUGAAUAUCUACUUCCUGCCUGAAAGGGAAACUGAUGUGGCAUACACCAGUAUUGUGGAUGCUAUCAAUCGUAAGUAAAAAAAAAUAAAUUUUAAUUUUAAAAUUUGUUUGCUGAGUUAGUUUCACUAAUAUUGAGCCUGCUAUGACUUACACCAUCACUUGCUGAGCUAAAAAGGUCUUAAUUAUUUAAAAUAGAAGUUGGUUUAACUGUGCACUACAAAUAAAAGUGAAUCUUCUAAAUUAUUAAUUGCCCUAUCAAAUUAGUGUCAGAAAUAUUUAAUUAUGUAAAGUAACUCCUCUAGAUAUUUUUAGUCAUUUAUGUUUUUUUCCCUUAAAAAAAAACUUGUGUGGCAAAGAAACAAAUAGUCAAAAAAUGAGAACAAUGUAUUAUUAAAUAUUUGUUUGAUUUUUCCCUCUUGUCUGGAUGAUGACUUACAGGUAUUUUGGCAAACUUAUUCCAGGCGUUGAAUCCACCUUGAGAAAACCAGACACUUUCUAAAUAUUGACUUAAUUAUUCACAUUUCUGCUGUUCACUUUGAAUUUCUUUAUAUAUAUUUUUUUAAGUCAUCUAACUUCUCCACUGUGUUUUAUAAUAAAAAAAAUAAUAAUUUAGCUGCUAUUAUUACAUCUUUGUUCUGAUGCCAUUACAGAAUCACAAAUACAAUACUUGAGCCUUGACUUCAUACCUUUCAAACUAAUGCACCAUGAGUAAGUUUUAAUAGCUUUAAAUAGAUUACUGGGAGUAAUUACUGUCCAAAAGCUUUUUUUUUGUGUGUUGUUGUAGGAUAGAAAUAAAAAAGUAAACCAAUAUUGUAAACCUACAUUCUCUCUAUAAUCAGUCUUUUGUAUACUGGUACUCCAUGGGCCUGGUAAUGGUUUACAUUGGUACUCCAUGGGCCUGGUAAUGGUUUACUGGUACUCCAUAGGCCUGGUAAUAUUUUACACUGGUACUCCAUGGGCUGGUAAAGGUUUACAUUGGACUCCCUGGGCCUCAAAAUGGAUUACACUGUUAAUUGAUGGACCUGGUAGUGGUUUACAUCACAGAAUCAUAUUAGGAUUGGCCAGCUGUGAAGUAUGAUAGAGGGAAAUUUUUUUUGGGAUCAAUGAUACAAAUAUAAAACUUUUCUUUUUGUCAAACUGCAAUUGUUAUUCUUUAAUAAAAAUCUGAAUGUUAUUUUUUAAUUAAAAAAAACAAAACAGAUUUUGCUGUAAAAAUGGUCAGUCGGAAACAUGUCUUCUACUAAGUGGCAACGACAACAAAAUCCAUGUUUACAGACAGGCAAGACAGCUGAGAUUAGAUUAAUGAGCUUUACAGCUAGAAAGAAGUAAACUUAAAUAAAAGCUUGAUAAGAGGGACAGAGCCAUAAUGACUGAUAACUUAGUUGGCUAUUAAAUUAUAGUUACACUAAAUUACAUUUUAUAAAUUAACAAGUUUCUCAUGAAGAACACUGUUUUCUUUUCAAUAAUUUUGUAAGUUUAAAAAUGAGAAAUGUUAAAACUCUGUAAGUUCCAUUGUGCUGGACUAAAAGUUAUGGCAAACAUUUUCAGAUUUACACAACUGAUUUCACCUUUUGUUUAAAUGACUAAUACGCUUGAUGAGAACCAUUACAAAACAAUAUUCUUUUUAAUUUAAUUUCAGACUGAUGAAGGCCUUUCAUUUUAUGAAGAAACCGAAGCUUUUGAAGAACACUUUCCAGAAUUUGCUAAAAUUGAUGGUUGGUAUGUAUUUAUCAGAAGUAUAUUUACUUUGAGCCUCAAUCAAGGAAUGUAAAAUUAAAAAUCAUAAGAAUUUUCUUUGCUGCUUAAAUAGAUAUAAAAUUAAAAUUGAUGAUUACAUUUCUUGAUUCAGUGUUACACAAAUGGAGUUUCGCAAGAUUGAUGAUGCAAAUAGACUGACAGUAAUAGGAAUCCAGUCAGGCCUAGUCACUCUCAGUUUAGUAAACCCACUUACAAAAGGUAAGUUACUGUGUUCAAUUUUGCAGAAAUCACUAAUGUUAAAACUUAUGCAAUGUUAAGUAAACAAGGGAGGGAAGACGUUUUUUUAUUUCUUUUGAAAGGAGGAGUCACAUAUGCUGUAAGAGGUGAUGAGUAAUUUAAAAAUAAGUGGGAUAAUAAUUUAAUUAAAAAUAAAAGUUUAAUCUAAUUUCAUCAUAUUGAUUCAUUAAUUCACACCUGAUGCCUGAGGCAACAGCCAACCAAUGCCACCACUGUCAAUCAUUAGCAAGUGCAAAGAGAAUGUGCCUCUGGUUCACUCUCUGCUUCACUCUCCAGUUUCAACUUUGUAUAUUUUUAGAAAUAAAAUCAAUUUACUACCAUAAAAUUUAUUCUGGCCUAUCUUAUUAGCCAUUCUAAUUCAAUUAUUGCAGAGAUCAAACAAACUUGGAGCUCAGAAAUGGACAGUCCUAUUACAAGUUUACAGUUGUUCACACAACGAACUCAUGCUCAGUGCCCAGACUUUUUGGAUCCACAAGGUAAGGCUGAAAACACUUUUUUUUUUUAAACAUAGCAAAACAAUAAUUUUAUCAUUGAUGAUUGAAAGCAUUUUUAAAAAGUAGAGAGAAUCUUGAAUCGGCAGAAUCUUAAUUAUCUAAAGCAGGGGUCUCCAAACUACGGCCCGCUGGCUGCAUGCGGGCCCAUGAGGCCCUCUCAUGUGGCCAGCGGAGACCUUUUUGUCUACAGAAAAUAUUACGGAAAUUUAUGUGUAACCUGCCAAGAUCAGAUGCCGCUUUCAAGGACGUUAUGUUUUUAACAAAUAAAAAUAGAGGCGCGCAGUAGUGCGUUAUGUUUUCUAACCGAUCAUUACUUAGCAAAACCUAGGACACUGCUUAGUUUUUCUAUUUCCAUUCACAGUCAAUGAGAUUAUAUAACGCCAUCUAAUGGCGUAACUUUUCCCGCCGUGUUGCAGACAUGGGUGAAAACAUUGUGAUUCAAAGAGUGAAAAAUGCAAGCAAGUUUAACAAAUUUUUAAUUCCAAUGGAUGAAUCGCUGGACAGUUGUUCCACUUCUCAACUGCUUGUUUUCGUUGGAGGUGUGGAUGAAGACAUGAAAAUAACACAAGAGCUGGCUUUCCUACAUAGCAUGUACGACACUGUUACCGGAGAGAAUAUAUUCAAUGAGUUGAAAAAAACAUUUGCUGAUUAUAACUUGGACUGGACUAACCUCAGUUGCCUGACUGUUGAUGGAGGAAAUAACAUGAUUGGCAUAAAGACAUGCUUGGUUGGUCAAGUGAAGCAGAUGUCUAAUGAGAAAAAAAUUCUGCACCCAAUGUUCCUGCACUGUAUUAUUCAAUAGAAAGCUUUGUGUACUAAAUAUGUGAACAUUAGCAGUGUACUGAAUCCUGUGAUAAAUUGGGUUACUUUCAUAAGUCCACAUGGGCUCAACCAUAGACAGUUCAGAGACCCGUUGAAAGAUACAGACACAGAAUCGCAAGAUUUACCAUAUUACACAGUAAGUUGUGAGAAAGUUCUGAGCAUGAGUUCUAGGUGACAUGAACUUUCAUUUCGAUCAACCACAGCAUCCCUCCACUGCUAAGAUGUUGCUUCUUUUGGAUUUCUUCAGUCUUCAGCAAUCAGUGGACCAACCGACAUCUUAAUCGUGGACAUAUUCUUGAUUGGGUGCUACAUAGGCCUCAAGAUGGUUUAGUUAGAUCGGCUUCAGUCACUCGGGAGCUGUCCUCUGACCACUUCUGUAUUAUUUGUGAGCUUAAUGUAAGGGCCCCCAACCCUCUCCCUCAGUUUAGGGAGGUCCGCAGUCUGGGAACUAUAAACAGGGAUGCCUUUAAGCAUGACCUGAGUUUAGAAGUGUCCCCCGCUCUCUGCCCUACAUUGGAAACACUAGACCGUGCAUUGCGCGCUGUGCUUGACCGGCACGCCCCUGUCAGCCGCCGCAAUUUUAGGUUAACGCGGUCAGCUCCCUGGUAUGCAACCAUAAGGGAAGAACUACGCAGUGCCAAGAAAGAGCGCCGUAGUGUGGAAAAAAGUGGUUGAUGUCAGGUCUUGUGGUUUUUAAGCAGAUCUUUUCCGCUGUCAAGAAGCGUGUCACUCAGAUUGUUUGUCGUGCUAAGACUUCGUAUUUUAGCCAAAAGAUAACUAUGGGUAAAACCAGCAGGCAGUUGUUUGAUGUUUGUGGCCACCUUAGAGGGAGUAACAAAGGAACUCCUCUUCCUUCAGUAUUUCCUUUGCCCCAGCAACCAGAUAUUUUCUGUGAUUUCUUUACAAGCAAAGUUGCGAGCAUUCGCGCUGAGCUUGAUCGUUUUGAUGCACCAUCCCUGGAUUUGCCUCCUGUUCCUUGUCUUACUUCACAUUUCGAUACUUUUAAACCUGUUUCAGAACUUGAGGUCAAAAGUAUAAUUUUAAAAUCUAAACCUACGUCAUGUUAUUUGGAUCCCAUCCCCACCCCCCUGUUGGUUGAGUCAUUAGAUCAUUUGCUCCCAACGAUAACCCACAUAAUAAAUGAAAGCUUGUCUUCUGGCACUGUUCCCCCUCUUUGUAAAUCAGCUGUCAUCAAACCAUUGCUUAAGAAGUCUGGUCUGGAUGAAAAUAAUUAAAAAAAUUAUAGACCUGUUUCUAACUUAUCAUUUUUAUCUAAAGUUAUUGAAAAACUAGUUCUAAAACAACUUUUUGCUUAUUUAAUUGACCACUCUCUUCUCAGUUCUAAUCAGUCGGCCUAUAGACAUUUCCACAGCACAGAGACGGCUCUCUUGAGAGUGACCAAUGACCUCUUGCUCGCAUUGGACAGUGGUGAUAUCUCCAUCCUGAUCCUCUUAGACCUCAGUGCGGCCUUUGACACUGUUGACCAUGUAAUCCUUUUCAAAACCCUUGAAAAUUACUUUGGAAUUUCUGGCUCAGUUUUGGCUUGGUUUAGGUCCUACCUCUCUGAUAGAACGCAGGCGGUCUCUGUCGAUUUAAAUGAAAGCUUGUCUUCUGGCACUGUUCCCCCUCUUUGUAAAUCAGCUGUCAUCAAACCAUUGCUUAAGAAGCCUGGUCUGGAUGAAAAUAAUUUAAAAAAUUAUAGACCUGUAUCUAACUUAUCAUUUUUAUCUAAAGUUAUUGAAAAACUAGUUCUAAAACAACUUUUUGCUUAUUUAAUUGACCACUCUCUUCUCAGUUCUAAUCAGUCGGCCUAUAGACAUUUCCACAGCACAGAGACGGCUCUCUUGAGAGUGACCAAUGACCUCUUGCUCGCAUUGGACAGUGGUGAUAUCUCCAUCCUGAUCCUCUUAGACCUCAGUGCGGCCUUUGACACUGUUGACCAUGUAAUCCUUUUCAAAACCCUUGAAAAUUACUUUGGAAUUUCUGGUUCAGUUUUGGCUUGGUUUAGGUCCUACCUCUCUGAUAGAACGCAGGCGGUCUCUGUCGAUGGCUGUCUCUCAGGCAGUGCUGAUUUGGUGUACGGAGUACCACAGGGGUCCGUUUUAGGCCCGAUUCUAUUCACAUUGUAUACCAGACCACUGCUCCUCUUGCUUGGGAGGCAUGCUGUUGAGAGCCAGUCAUUUGCAGAUGACACGCAGCUAUACAAGCAUACCCAUCCUUCUCUUGUUGAAUCCGCUGUCCAGACUUUGCGGGGGUGCAUUGAUGAUGUCAAGUCAUGGAUGACACUCAGCAAGUUGAAGCUUAAUGAUGACAAAACGGAAGCACUCCUCAUCCACAAUCACACAUCAUCCUCUACCUCAACUCUUCCUACCUCAUUUCAAGUAGGUAACUCUGACGUACGGUUUACACCCUCUGCUAGGAAUCUUGGUUAUAUUCUUUCUAACAACAUGUCUCUCGAUAAACACAUAUCUCACAUGUGUCGUUCAGCAUACACCGCUAUCCGUCAGAUCAGCUCCAUACGCCACUACCUCACAGUUAGUGCAAAAAAAAACUCUAGUCUGUGCUCUUGUUCUCUCUCGUCUUGACUAUUGCAACUCUCUUCUGUCAGGUUCACCAAAACACUGCAUAGAAAAACUGCAGAAAGUUCAAAACUCAGCUGCUAGGCUAGAUUUAAAGGAAAAAAAACAUGAUCACGUCACUCCACUACUCCAUUCCCUUCAUUGCUACCUAUACAGGCACGCAUCGACUACAAGUUGUCUGUUCUCUAUCACAACUUUUUCUUGGAUUCCUGCCCUUCCUAUCUAACCGAACUUCUUUCUGUCUAUUCACCCCUUCGACAGCUUCGCUCCUCUGCAGACACCCAUAUUCUCUCCGUUCCCAAGACACACACUAAAACAUAUGGUGAACGAUCUUUCUCUUUCUGCGCCCCCAAACAAUGGAAUUCUUUGCCACUAAACAUACGCAAUAUACCAACCACCCAGGCCUUCAAAACUGCACUAAAAACAUAUCUUUUUAAAUUAUACUACCCUGAGUGAUUCCCCUCCUCUGACCGAUAAAUGAUCUUGCUGGCUGCCGUCCAUGGUUUGCCUUGUAAAAGUUAUGUGGUGGGGUGGGUGAAUAUACAUUGCUGUUCUUUAUUUCAUAAAUGUAUUUUAUUUUAAUGUCAUGAUUAUGUCUCUUUUGAUAAAAUUUUUAUGUACAGCGCAGUGAGCCCAGCCCUAGGCUGGGGUACCGCGCUAUAUAAGUAUAAGACCUUUUAUUAUCAUUAUUUAAGAUAAGAAAGGAAAUAGGUGACUUCCUGGGAAGUAAAGGCAAGCCACAGCGAUUAGUGUGCGAUGAAGAGUGGGUAUGGAAAUCGGUCUCUGCUGCAGACAUAACUAGUCAUUUAAAUUUUCUGAACCUAGAACUACAAGCAGAGGAAAAAUCUAGUUUCUGAUCUAUACACGCACCUAAAGGCCUUCACAUCCAAACUCGUCUUGUUUUUGUAACUAGUACAGGCCAACAACUUGACACACUUUCAGCAGUGGACGGUCUGCAUGGCUGAAGAAACAGCAGAGUUCCCCACGUCAUUGUAUGCGAGAUCAUCAAAGACCCCCAGCUGCAGCAUCAGCAACAGUUUUCAGUUUUCUGACUUGGAUUUAAAGCAGAUGUGGCCAGUCGCCCAAAUGAAUUGCACCUGGAAGUCAUUGUGUUGCAAGCAAAUGACCUUCUUAGGGACAAGUUAAAAGAAGGACCGGUGGGUUUUUAACUAGUUUUCGCCCAAGGAAGACUUUCCUAAUUUCAAAACGUUUGCAUCCAUGUAGCUUUCAAUCUUUGGAACAACAUGCUUGUGUGAACAAUCAUUUUCAAGAACAAAAUACGUUAAGAAAAAUUUGAGAACAAAUUUCCGAUGAUAAUCUCAGGUCACUGUUGUUGAUACCAGAGGCGUAGCAAGGGUGUUUGGCGCCCGGGGACAAGAUCCAUCUUAAAGCACCCCCUUUUCUUUUUUUCAACUCUCAAACCCAUUAUUUUUACCAAUAAUAUAAUAUCAGAGCACAUUUUGGCGCCCCUAACUAGCUUGCGCCCGGGGACAUCUGUCCCCCCUGCCCCCACCUCGCUACGCCUCUGGUUGAUAUGGAUAUCAAAUCUAAAUCCAGAAAUGUCUGCUAAUCACUGCUAUUUUUGCAUCCAGGAAACAAUUUUACCAUUCCCACUAAUACAGGUGUUCAUGUGUCGUGUAUCAAUGUGUUAUUAAAUAAUAAAUGAAUGAAAUGAUAAUACAUAAAUAAUUAAAAACAACAUCCAUGUUUUGAUUCUUUUUUAUUUGGACCUCGAGUGGGUAGUCAGCCCUGGAACUUCUGUUUGAUAGUUAUUGUAUUGGUUGACGUUGGAGAACAGAUCAUUUAACAAGCAGGAUGAAACUGAGUUUGCAUAGAGAUGAAUGUAAAGUGAUAUUUGUAAAUUAUAGUACCAGUAUUGCAUUCAGAGGUAGGCUUGCAUGACAUAUAUUCCAAGAAGAUAUUUUUAUAUUUGGGUGUUAUGUAACUGGAUCAUUAGAGCUAAAUCCUGUGUUGCAUUCUGGUUUGAAGAAUGGAUGUUAUUUAGACGUGGAUUGAUGUGGACAUUAUAAAUAACUUAUCUUAUUAUAUACACAACAUAAAAUUGAUCAUCAGAAGAUCCUCAAGCUGAUGGCAAGGAGACAAAUGGUGAAGAAAUAAAUCUGUUGAUCACAUCUGCAAUAGACCCAGCUGCUGUGUUUUGGUGAGUUAAAUUUUGACUAGUUUUUUUUCUAUUUCAUUAUUAUAAACAGUGAUGAAAAUAAAAUGAACCAUUUCUAACUAAUGAAGCCAUAUUUAAAAUUAUUGUUAUUUGUUUAGAUCAGGACCAAAAAUAUACACUCUAUCCGUUGAACAAUUGAUGAUUAUGCAGUUACAUAAUCAAGUAAAAUAUCUAGCUAAACAAUAGUUUUAACUGCCUGUCCCAACCCUCUUGCUUCUGCUACCUUCUUUUCUUUAACUCCUCUCAUCCACAUACCUUUCAAAUUUUUCUAAAUGUUUCAACUAUCAAAACCAAAUAUUUCAGUGUCAAAGGUCAACGAUCUCAGUAAUAUUUUUAUAUAUUAUCUUAUCUCAAGAUCUCAACCCAGGUUAUUUGGCAGCGCCAUGCAAUGGGUGAUUUGGUUGUGGUGGUGGGGGGGGGGGACUGGUCACCAUCCCCUGUGCCAUCUUCAGAGGAUGCCAGACUUGUCAUUCUUCAUUCAAAAUAUCUAUUAAUAAUAGAGACGAACCGAAAGUCAAGUCAUUUUCUGAUUUGGGCUGAAACCGAAACUAGGCGUAAAGUUAAAAAUGACUUUUGUCCAAAACUGAAAUAUUUAGAUACUUUGAAAUUCGUUCACGCAUACAUUCUGCAUGCAUCGAAAAUGAUGGGGGAAAGUAUCAAUAUUUACAUUAUUUUUAUAAAAAUGAGAUCAUUGUGAAUAUUAAAAAAUAAACAUCUAAUGCAGGGGUCUCAAACUCGCGGCCCAACGUGCCAUUUGCGACCCGCAAGACGAUAUUUUGUGGCCCGCUGCAUGAAAUCAAAGUUUAGUGUUAUUGCAGCCGGCGUGUUUUCCCAUUCUCAUUUCUAUAACGGAACCCUCCGUGACUGUUUCAGUCGAAUUUCACCAACUAGUCUAAUUCUUAUUUUUAUGUUUCUAUAUAUUUGUAUGUUGAUUUUAAUAUACAAACCGUUUUAAAAUUGGACUAGAAGUUUUUAUUUUAUAGCAUUUUAUGAGACAAACAUGGCAAGAAUGUGGUUUUGAGAAAAGUUUUAAAAAGUCAUUUAGUGGGUAAUGCACAACCAUAAUUGUGUAAAUCGUAGCAAUCUGACACAGUAUCAACGAAUCCCUAUUAAUAUUGGCGCUAGUGUUUACAAGUGAGGGAAAUUCCGAGCCUGUUAGCUUUCAAAAUAAGGUUAGUCAAAAAGGUCUUUUCCACAAUAAAAAAAAAUCAAAAUUCAUUCUCCCUACAAUAGCUUCAUCCUUCGCAUCAAUAAUUCAUAAAUAUGGCCUGCUCCUGCCUUCUGUUUGAACACGUUUUAGCAUUUAUGGAGAAGGAUGGGUUGGUUGUUCCUGUACUGAGUGAUCCCAAAUGGCUCAUGGACAUGGCUGUUCUUGUUGACAUUACACAUGGGCUGAAUGUAAUCAACAAGAUGUUACAAAACCAGAGGUAGCUUGUCAGUGUUGCCUAUGACAAUGUCAGGGCAUUCUGCACCAAACUUGUGUUAUGGUUCUUAGAGAAACCUCUGCCACUUCCCAACAUGCAAAGUACUAAUGGACUUGGGCACACCAUUCAUACUGAUGCCAUAGCAAAUCUAAAAAAAUGAAUAUCACAAAUGAAGGAAUUGAAUAAACCUAUGGUUCCAAUGUUAUUUAAAAAAUAAAAUAAAAUAAUAAUAAUAAUAAUGACAUAAAUAUUACCAUUCCUUUAGUUUUUCUUCCACAAAGCUGUUUAAAUUUGCUUAGGCCUAAUUCAAGUGUAAUUUUUUUGGAAAUACAGGACAAGUAGGUCAUCAUGCAGCUAUGGGCAGUUUCGCUGAGUAUUAGUAGUCAUAUAACAUACGAUGACAAGUCGAUGAGCAAUGAUGAAUAUCGGAUUGUCGGCCUAGAGACAGACAGACAGUCUGACUUCUGGUAGAUUACUGAAAACCUCAGUCACUUUCGGCCAGAUGGCAAAAAGUAUCAAUCACAUUCGCCCGAAACCAAAAUUAAACCCAAAUGUAAAUUUUCUGUUUCGGCCAAAAACGAAAUUAAGCCGAAAGUUAACUUUUCAGUUUUGGCCAAAACCGAAACUAGGCCAAAAGUGAUCAAAUGGCCGCUUUCGGCACCGAAACCGAAAUUCCAUCUGUCUCUAUUUAUAAUAUACAUCAUUUGGAAGCGGUGCCUAAAUUCAGGCUUUGCCUGGGCACAGCUUUACCUUGAAGGGUUUCCUGGAUUUAGUUAUCUUUAUAUUUUCUUGCUCAUUAACGAAAGAUAAUGUUUAAAAUAGUAACAACUCAUUUUUAAUAACCCAUUCUGAAACAAUGACGUAACCGCACAGCAUCAGUUUUAACCUCCAGAUAUUUGUAUGCUUCAUACAAAAAUUAAUUUGAAGGAAAUUGAGUUUUUUCUAUCAGUGAUGCUUUCAACAUGUCAUAUCUAUUUCAGUGAUGUUGUCAACUGUGGACUGUCCAGAAGCCACAUUUUACCACUCAGCAAUACACAAGAUGUUGUUCUGUGUUCUCGUAUAGUGGACAUUGACUUUGAUGGAGAGAAUGAGAUUCUUAUUGGAACCUAUGGUCAGGUGAGUUUCUCUUUUAAUAUAAAGAAUCUAAUAACUGUUGCAACACAUGAACAGAAACAAACAAUAACUAAACUAAGCCAUGAUUAUAACUGUUAGACCAGUCUUUGAUAAAAAUGUCUUUGAAAUUUACUUUAAAUGUUUUGAAAAUGUUUCUUUACAUUUUAAAACUAUUGAAGGUGAAUAAUAAAUACAUUUUUUUACAAAAAUGUUACAAAUUAAAAAAAAAAUUAAACAUGUUUUUCUUCUAUCAGGUACUUCUUGCCUACAAACUUAUACACGAAAGACCCCAGGCUAUGCUGAUGACAUCAACACCAUUCCAGUCACCCAUGCCAGUGCCUAUCAAUGACACAUUUGCUUCCCCUUAUGUGGAUGAAAGAUACAACUCUGACCAGGUGAUUCCAAAGGGAAAAAUGAAAUGAAAACCAUGUUACUACUAACCUUCAGUGCUAAUUGUUAUGAUGUAGAGUUAUUCACUUAGCAAUAUUCAUAGUUUUUAAAUCUUCCAUAAUAAAAUGAAGCAUUAAUUUCUAAUUUUUUUUUAAAAGUCUACACCGGUACAGUCAGUUACCGGAAAACAAACUAAAUACAAACUUAAUCCUUUCUGAAACAACACUUCUUCUGCAGAGAGUUGGUUGUGGGUAUCAUGAUUUCCCAUUAUAAAAUUGAAUUUAUUUCUAGACACAAACAAAAUGUUUAAAAAUGUUGAAACAGUUUUAAAAAAAUGUUUUUAAAAAAUAGACUGAAAUACAUAAGUAUUGAUAUGUAUCAAUGUACCUGAGUGAGAUCUUUUUGAUUAUAGUUUUUUUUAAGGUUGCCUGACAAUCCCAAAAAAAAAAAAAAGUAAACCGCUUCGUAAAAUAUUUCGACCAAUUAUCCCAAAAAUUUAAAAAAAAAUUAACACAGCACAAUAUUAACACACCAAAAAGCAUGCAAAAACACAAAACUACUCAUUCAAAACACACAAACACAACACAUUAUUUUAACUGGUGGUUCAAUAUCAUAAUCUUUUUGAAGGAUAAAUCAGAGACAAGACGUAGGCACAAAACAGAUGUUUCUGACAUUUGUGAUCGUUCCAGUAAAUUUGACAAGCCAGACUGGCAGAGAACUGAUGAGUCAUCUCAUGUUGAUGAGAGCCUGAAAAAUGCUCAAAUGGCUCGACUUGUUAGGUAUGUUUGAAAUUGUUUGAACUGAAUUCACAUGGGGUAUCAACAUCCUACUGUAGUGCCCUAAAAUAGGACAUAUACCAUCAAAGAUAUUUUUCCAUUUCUAAUCGCUCUAGAUUCACUAAUUAACAUCUUUCACUGUGUGCUCUUUGGCCUCCCACAUUCUCUUGUCCCUUGUGGGUUCCACUGACUGACUGACAAUGCAUGAAGCACUUUCCAGAAUGUAUGUCAAGUCCAUGUCAAUUAUUUUACUGAUGUUGUGUUCUAUUUAUAGAGUUUUAGUCCUUUUCCAAAAAUGUGUUUUAGGAAUGCUUUAUUAGAUCAAGGAUAUUUUAUGAUUUUACUUAAUCUGAUGUUUAACAUUAAGAUUGAAUGCACUAAAGUUAAAUAAUGUAUGAAAGUGAAAUUAUAUUUUAAAUUUUGAAAUAGGUUGAAAUCCUGUGUAUGCUUGAUAAAUAAAAUAAUCUUUGGUUGAAGUUUACAAAACAUUAUAAGAUGAGAUCAGAUAAGAUUCUUUUAUUGAUCCAAAUAAAUGGAAAUGUUUUUUGAUUGCAAUAUACAUUUUCAGCACAAAAAUAAAACAAUUUGAACACAAGACAUUUAUAAUAAAUUAUUCAAACAGCCAUUCAGUGAGUUCUCUUUGCAAAAUCCCAGUAGAUUAAAAAAAAAAAGGCAAAUAUUGAAAUAAGCAUAGCCAAAACAAUUUAAGAUACAACUAUGGUGUUCAAAGGCCUAUGACAUUCAUACCGUUAAUUCCACUGGGUUAUCAUUAUCCAGACCCAGAAGCCGAUAUUAUUAUCAAAGUGGUCUUAUAUAGUGAGGUACCCCAGCCUAGAGUUAGGCUCACAGCGCUUCACAUAAAAUUAGCACAAAAAAAAAAACACAUCAGAUUUUCGUUCAUUGCUUGACCCUAAUUUGAGCUAUAUGUCUUCCAUUUGAUGUUAAUGAGUAUGUUAUUGGGUUAUUGUAAUGAUACUUGGUUCAGGUCUCAAGAAAACCUUGCCAUGACAUCACCAAGAUCAGUAUGUUUUCACACACCAGACAGUCAUGUCACAUCAGCGCUCAACCUACCUCCAAAUUCAUAUGUGGACCUAACAGAUUACCCUGGCUACAGGUGAAAUAGUUUCCAAUUAUAAAACUGCUAGAUAAACUUUAGUGAAUUGGGUCUUUUUGUAAAGACAUGAUUUUCAGACUGCUCAUAAUCAUAAUAAGUUUAAAAGUGUGAAUAAAAUUGUUCAUUUGAAAUUUUGUUUACAGGUUCAUCUGAGCAAAGUCUAUUUCCUUAACAUUAACCUUAUGAAUUUUUAAGUUUUAUGAAUAGACUAACAUUUAAUUCUUUUAGUUUUAUGAAUAGACAAUCAUUUAUCCACAUCUUUGCAGUUUUGUCAAGAGUGCAUGAAAUUUUUAAUGUAAAAAACAGUGACCGAUUUUGAAAAAAUAAUUUAAAUCUUUAAAUUUAAAACAUUGAAUUGAUAAUCAAGCAUAAAAAUGAAUUGAUAGCUUAGUAUAGCAUUGAAUUAAUAGCUAAGUACAGUGGAACCUCUCUUAAUGAGCACCUCUCAUAACGAGUAAUUCGCAUAACCAGCAAAAAAAAAUGUGAAGAAGUUGCUCCCUUAACCCACGAAAUGUGGCAUGUAUCAUUCUGUGGUGUGGAGCUUUUUAGUAAUUUUAGAGCUUCGACUUUUCCCUUGAGACAGCUCAGGAUCGAGGGAAAGUCACAUUGCCAUGCUCGAGGCAAUGUCGCACGUGAUCUGCCUCUUCGCGGCGUGGAAGACUAGUAUGGGCGUGCUCCCAGAAGCCAAAGAUCACACGUCCCAAAUCAAAAGACCCACUGAGCUAGGGGGGGGGGGGGUGGUAACGCAAAGCCCCCCUCCACUGGGAGGAAGAUAUUUUGCUCAAACCCAUAUUACUCAUGACAUGUCCGAUAAAUCAUUUACGCAGGUUCGACUGGGGGGACUUGGACACGAUCCUUCCCCUCCGACCGUGGCAACCUUAAAAAACCCUCAAUGCCCACUGUUGGGAGACUGGGUGGGACCGAGUAAUGCUACAGAUGUGGUGCAUGGACUGCAUCCUCUCCCCGCGGAUGUCCCCUUGGGGAGGGCGUCCCCUCUUGCACGUGUGACGCUCGACAGGCGCGUGCGAGGCCAACAAGCGACUGUUCGAGAUCGAAAAGGUGGCACGGGACACCUAAAACAUUCCCUGGUCGUCCUCCAGUUGAAUGUGUGUGGUAUUAGGCAAAAGUCGCACGAAGUAACCAAACUGCUCCACGACCACAAAGUGGAUGUAGGCCUAUUCCAAGAAACGUUGCUCCGCGGCAAGCCGUUUCACAUUACUGGCUACUCGCUAUACCAUUGCAAGUGUGACCGUUGCCAAGGCAUUACCACAGCGGUUUGGAAUGAUCUCACGGUGGAGAUCAUUGAGUGCAAACGUUACGAUAAUACUGACACGUUGUUGGUAAAAGUCUCUAAAUGUGGGAAAACAUUCGCCGUGACGAACAUUUACAAUUCUCCAAGCAAUGUGAUCACGAUCCCCACCCACGGGGAGACGAUCUUUAAACGGACUAUAAUUGCAGGAGACUUUAAUGCUAAAUCCCCCAUGUGGGGUUAUCCGGAGCGCAACGGCUCCGGUAAACACGUGGAAGAAGUCUGUCUCGAGACAAAUCUUAUCAGGCUUCAAGACGAGAAGAGUGCGCCCACUCUCCUUCACUACGGCCAUGGAACGGAGUCCAGGCCAGAUCUGACGCUCGUGUCCGCUGAUCUCGCGGGACAUCAGAAUCUUAGUGUCCUUGAAGAUAUUGGGAGUGACCAUCUGCCCAUACUUCUUAGGGUUGACUUGGGACAGGCCAAAACCAAGUGCGAUAAACGUCACUGGCUCUUUCGUAGAGCCAACUGGCAUAAUUUCCAAAGUCAGUGCGAGACCAAGCUCGGACUAAUUGCAGUCGACGUGGCCGACUCAGACUUAGAUGUUGCUUUCGAGAAGUUUAAUGGCGUCCUCCUAGAGGUCGCCCGUGUGACGAUCCCGAGAACAACCGGGAAGCGACCGUACAAGCCCUUUUGGAACAAGGAGCUUGCGAAACUCAUGAAGCGAAGAGCAAAGGCUCGGAAAGAAGCCGCGAGAAAGAAAACACCAGCUGCUCGUGCUGGUUACAAUAAACUUACGGCUGAAGUCCGGGUAGCUGUUCAGAAAGCGAAAAAAUCGAAGUGGGUAAGUGCCUGUGAAAAACUCAAUCUUCUAGACGGUGGGAAGGUGUGGAAUCUGCUCGGAAGUCUCUCUGGUGCGGGGAAGGCCAAAAACCCGCAACCAUUACUAUCGGACAAAGGUGUCGUGGCGAGCGACAAAGAAAGAGCAAAUGUGCUAAAUGUUCACUUUGCCGCAGUGAACAAUGAGUCAAAAGUGUCAAAAGAGACCCAAGAGCAUAAGGAAAUCCGCCGUCUGAAGAAAAGGGGAGCUCGUAUCCAGCGCACUGGACCCCACCCUGAGAUUUUCACAGUUCCCUUCACAAUGGAAGAAUUGCAAAGUGCGCUCAAAAAGUGCUUGGCGGCGAAAGCACCAGGACCAGACAAAGUUCACAAUGAAAUGUUAACCCACCUGGGUAAACUGGGGAGAGAACUUUUGCUGGCUCUCAUAAACCGAACUUGGACUACAGGUAUUUUACCGAAAGUGUGGAAGCAGGCCAUAGUGGUUCCCAUACCAAAGGAAGGAAAACCAGGCCAUUUACCAAGUAGCUAUAGGCCAAUAUCGCUAACGUCUUGUGUGGGUAAAGUGGCCGAGCGAAUGGUAAAUGGACGACUCUACUGGUUCUUGGAGAGUAAUAAGCACCUACCACCGACGCAAGGUGGCUUCCGUAAGGGUAGGCAGCCCAUGGACCAGGUGAUCCGUCUUGUUCAGUCCAUGACCAAUGAGCUUCAGAAGAAAAAUCAUUCAUUGGCAAUUUUCUUUGAUCUCAAGCAAGCAUAUGACCGCGUGUGGCGCGUAGGCCUCAUGUACAAAUUCCAGAAAUUGGGAAUCACUGGAAACAUGUCCGGGUGGGUGACGGACUUUCUCAAGGACAGGUUUAUUGCCACACGGAUUGGCUAUAGCCUAUCGAGGCGGCUUGCUCUAGAGGACGGACUCCCCCAGGGGUCUGCCCUCAGCUGCACUCUUUUCCUAGCGUACGUCUAUGACUUGCAAGAGAGCUUAGUGUCCGAUAAUGCCAUGUUCGCUGAUGAUCUAGUAAUCUGGAGCUCUGGUAGGGACAUCAACCAUCCGCAGAACCGGCUGCAAAAUGAUCUCCAUAGCAUCGAAGACUAUGCGAGACGGUGGAAAAUGGUUGUGAACACUGAGAAGACGGUUUACUCUAGGUUCACCAAUGGAAGGAAGGUGCUUAAGGCCGAUGUUAAACUCUCCAUAAAUGGGAAAGAUUUGGUAUGGGACAGGACUCCAGUCUACCUUGGGAUAAAGUUGGAUCAGAAACUCCGACUUCAUCACCAUGUACACGAACUGUGCGCCAAGGCUUCACAAAAACUGGGCUUGGUGAAAAAGCGGGCUUGUACUAAAUGGGGUGCAGAUGCAAGACUGUUGAGGUCGCUCUACCUUAGCAGUGUGAGAGGUACAAUGGACUACAGUUUGCCCGUCCUAGCCUUCGCGAGCCAAACGGCUCUAGAGGAACUGGACCGCAUCCAAAACCGUGCUCUAAGGUUUGUAUGCGGGGCAAUACGGACCACACCCACGGCGGCGGUGGAGAUCAUGGCCAAUGUCGAACCGCUCGAGGUCAGGCGGGAGAAGGCAGUCCUUACGACGGUAGAACGUUACCGCCGCAUGGAAAGAGAAGAUCCCUGUUUCCAACUGCAGAACGAAUGGGAGAAAAAGUCCAGAUUGAAGCGACCAUCCUUCAUGGACAUGGUGCAGUCUUGAAAAAGACGUUAUUCUACCCAGAAACAGGGAAAAAGUGAAAGUGAUCCCCGCGCGAGGGCCUCACAAAAGCCUUCCCCUACCAGACAUUCGACUGGACAUGAUUGACACCAAAGCCAGCGAAGGCAGUCCUCAACUAGACCCGUCAGAGGCUACACGACGCACGAUUGAAGCCUACCUGAACAGCCUGGUUAAAGUCUUUACAGACGGCUCAUGUUUCACGGAGGAAAAGCAUAGCGGCUAUGGUGUCCUCAUCCAGUAUCCCGCAGAGAUAGCUUCACCCGAGGAGCUAUCAGGCCGAUAGCUCCACCUGAGGAGCUAUCAGGCCCAUGCGGUAGGAAUGCAACGAGCCUCGAUGCGGAAAUUGAGGCGAUACUGGUAGCUCUUAAGAGGUUGAACCAACGGCUAGCUAAACGAAAGUCCUUCCCGGACAUUGUGAUCUUCACCGACUCUCGUUCUGCUCUCAAACUCAUGGGGGAGAGAUCGGUGGGCUCGACAAAGAUCACUGCCAUUCUGGAGACAGUAGGCUCCAUCCAUGCACAUGGCUCUAAGGUAGUCUUUCAGUUUAUCACUUCGCGCUCAGAGGCGUCACUUCUUGACAGGGCUGACUUUUUAGCCCAAGAAGGCGCAGCCCUACCCCAACCAGACAAACCCAUGACUCAGCUCGGAGUCACUGCCUGGUUGAAAGACCAUUUCAAGGGAAAAUGGCACGGAAAGUGGGACACGGCCACUACUGGACGACAGCUUUACCAGAAAUUUCAACAGCCGAGCAAAAGCGACCCAUGGUGGAAGCUUAGUCGUGGAGAACAAAGCCUUAUCACACAGAUGAGAACUGGGCACUGCGCUACGCGCAGUUAUCUCCACAGACUCGACAACAGAAGGGAACCUUUGUGCCGACAAUGUGGACUCGAAGAGGAGACAGUAGCCCACUUGGUUGUCACGUGUCCGAAUAGUGGGACGGGGGCCGACGGUGGGAAUCCGGAGACCUGCCUAAAUGAUCUCCUUUACGGAAGCGCCCAGCAGAUGAGGCGCGCCGUGGAAAUCGUGUCCAGGGUCCUAAGAGAUUGAAUCUCAACCCUUUUGAGUAUUGAUCUUUAUUAGUAAUUUUAGAGCGUUUUGAGUGCCAUUUGAAAUUGCAUUAAAUGACAUAGAAAUAUUGAUACAAGACCCCUAUAAGUAUAUAUUUUUAGAAAGGUAAAUGGAUGAGGAUAACGUUGGCCAUAUUGCCCACCCCGUACAAAAAUUUUGCUCAGUGUCCUUGACCUUGAAGUUCUCAAGAAAAAAAAAUCGACAAAAUGUCUAGCUUUCAAGUGCUCAUAACAUCAUUAAUUUUUAUAGAUACACUUGAAACACAAUCUAAAUGUGAGCCAAUUCAUUUAUCUAUCAAAAAAUGUAUAGUUUGCUGAGGUUUUGAUUACAAUUAAACCUCUGAAAGCAAUUUUAUUAAUUUUAGGUCAUUUAUAUAAGAAACUGGGACCACUGCUGAAACAAAGUACAAAAUCUCAGCAAAACAGUUAUUAUUGACUAUUAAACAUUUAAAAAGGAACUGUGGAACUGAUUUGGGAUGUUUAACUAUAAAAUUUAUUAGUUCUGAACUAUAAUCUGUAGCUUAUGUGACUAAAAUUCAGUCAGACCUUGCCCAACCUAUGGGCAGGGCUCGAAGUCUAACAGUAGCCUCAGUAGGCGUACUUUAGUAUCACUAAGACGAGUAAAAAAAUUCACGAGAAGAAUAACCUCAACUGAUAUCGUCAUGGGGAAUGUUAAAAUCAUCACCAGUAUCACCUAAAAAGCUUUCAAACAUAAUUUCUAUUAGUUCUCGCACUGAAGGCCCAGUCAUGGCUUCAAACAUUUUAGCUUUAAAAAAAAAAACAGCGAUAUAAAACUCCUAUUAAAAAGUAUUUAUUUUCAAUUUAUCACGAAACAGCUUGAACCGGAAGAUCAUUUAAUUAUUAAUGAAAGGAAGUGGCUAUAAUUCCGGUUAAAUAUUGGAUUGGAAGUUGCUAUCGGACAGUGUUUUUAUCGGCCGACCACAGAUUGUGUGUUAACGAGCAACAUUUCGCAUAACGAGUUACGCAGAAAGGGGAAGUCCCUUUUUCCCUCACUUCUGCUUGGAAAAAACUUUGGCCAGAGAGUGUUGUUGAAUGUGAUUGUGAAACAGUACCUUUGGAUUCUACAGUUAACGAGAUUGUGUCAUUGGCCAAUAUCAUGGGACUCGAGGUGGACAACAACGGUAUUGAAGAGCUUGUGAAAGAGCACAGUCAAGAGUUGACUACCGAAGAGCUUAUGGAGUUGCAUCGUGCUUCAUAGCAAGAAAUUAUGGAGGAGAGCUCAUUAAUGGAGGAGGAAGUAGCAGAGUAACAAUCUUCUAUCGCAGUAAGAGAAAUGCUGAAAGCAUGGGAAACGAUUGCAUCGUACAUUGAGAAGCAUCACCCUAAUAAGGAGGUGGCUAUUCGUGCUACAAAUUUAUUCAAUGAUAAUGCUGUGACACAUUUUCGUCAAAUUUUGAAGCGUCUGCAAAAACAAAUGUCUUUAGACAGUUUUCUAGAAAGGAUUAAUUAUUUGUCAUAAAUUCAUAUUUUUAUUUACGUUUUUUGUUUCAAAUCUAAAUUGUAUUCCAAGUUGUUACACUCCUUAACAAUUCAUAAGUAAUUUUAUUUGAAUAAAUGUUAAUAAAUUUUUUUUUAAAAUUAGUAUUUUUUCAGCAUGGACGCAUUAUCGUAUUUUACAUUGAUUUGUAUGGGAAAAAUUGUUUCGUUUAACGAGUGUUUCGCUUAACGAGUAAGAGUCUGGAACAAAUUAAACUCGUUAUGAGAGGUUCCACUGUAUUCCAUUCAUAAAAUAAUAUCAAUAAAAUCAGGAAGAUUCUAUUCCUUUUGAAAAUAAAAAAGCAGCAUCACAACCAUCUCCUGAUAAGGGUACAUGACAAACCUGUUGCCUCGCCUUCAUUCAUUAGGUCAGUGGUAGGCAAACUCAUUAGUCAAAAUUUUGUUGAGAGCCAAAUUUCUUUUCAAGAACCAGUCAAGAACAAUGUUUUUCGGAGUGAAAACCGAUUUGUGGUCUAGUGGCCAAGCCGCACUCAUGUUGUUUAAAGAGCCGGGAUUUGCCCACCACUGCAUUCAGGAUACUCCUAAACUAUGGAACUCUUUAUUUAUGUCCUUUCUGAACAUUUACUGGCAUGCAGUUGAUAAGUCAUAUUCAUAAAUUUUGAUUUCAAUAAAUGUAGAGCAUUGUAAGUUAUCCCCGUGCACAUGUAAGCACAUCCUUAAACCAAAACUAAUGACUGCAGGCUUACAUGGACUAAACGGUUCUCUGAUCCUGUCAUGGGUUUGGACUGUGAAGAUGUCAUGGGAGAUGGUAUGCUUGACCUUAUUGUGCUAACCCUGAAAGGUCUCCAUAUUUUACAGGUAAAUUCUUCACAACUAGAACAAUCUGAUGAAACCGUACAGCUCAAAUAGAUUAUGAAAUUUUUUAAAGUUUUGCUUUUCCUGAGAUUUUUAUGCAGUAGUACUUAUCAUUUUAAAUGAUCUCCCACAAUUUCUUUUAUAGUUUAAUUAUUACUUUAAUUUUAAUGAUAUUACACAAUUUCUAUUUUCAGCCUGACCUAAAUGAUGUGGCUGCGCUGUUGCUGGAAAAACUUCAACUUAUUUGUGAUUCAGGAAGUGAACCAGAUGACGAUUACCUUCAACUGCAGACAGAGUUGUUAGAGGAGGAACGUUAAGAAUGGACAGUCACCACCUCCUUACAUGAGGGACAUGGAUAUGUGCAAUUUAGAAGAUUGUGAAUAUGUUGAAAGGAUACAUACUGCAAGGGAUGAAAGAAAUUACUUUUUAAAUAAAACUAAUAUGAAUUAAUAAAUAAGAAAUGUGUUUAUUUAUAUAAUUUUGAUUAUUAGCUAGCUGGAAGGUUUUUUUAAUGUGCCAUUUCUCUACUGAAAC